AUGAAGUAUUGCCGUUUUUCUCCAGCUAUAGAUGUCGCUUUACUCGCUUUCGGCAGAAAAGUAUUCAAAGGCGAAAUCCAAGGCGUGGACGGCAAGACCGUGACUCCAGUCGCGGUGAAAACACUCAAGGCCGACGCGACGCCGAAAGUGGCGGCGGAUUUCCGACGAGAAGCGGACUUGAUGGUGGCUCUGCGACACCCGAACAUAGUUUGUCUCGUAGGUGUCGCUCCAAAGUCACCGGGCUCUUCUCAGCUGGCUGCGAUGCUGUUCGAGCACAUGACCCAAGGUGACCUGCACCAGUUUCUCAUCACGCAUUCCAUCCGCGGCGGCGUUGCCGGAAAUGGAGGGCAUUUGGAACCUCCGGAUUUAAUUCACAUCGCAACACAGGUUGCUGCUGGAAUGGAGUACCUCGCAAGUUGUCAUUACGUACACCGGGACUUGGCGUCGAGGAAUUGCUUGGUUGGAGAAAAUCUGACUAUCAAAAUCGGUGACUUCGGCCUUUCCAGGGACGUUUAUUCGUCAGACUAUUAUCGUGUGGAAACAGAGUCUCUUCUACCCGUGAGAUGGAUGCCCCCGGAAGCCAUUAUGUACGGAAAGUUCACGACGGAAAGCGACAUUUGGAGCUACGGAGUGGUUGCUUGGGAAAUCUGGUCAUAUGGAUUGCAGCCCUAUUACGGGUAUAGCAACCAAGAAGUGAUAGAACUGGUGAGGAACCGUCAACUGUUGCCCUGCCCCGAGGACUGCCCUCCUCGAAUCUACGGGAUGAUGGUCAUGCGGAGCCACACACCCAGUCAGCACUCUGGCGGCGGGUCCACGGGCUCCACCUCCCUCACGCACCAGCACCAGCACCACCACCAGCAGCAGUUCCAGCACCAACACCUCGUGUACUCUCAGCAACCCCCGCCCAACCACCCCCCACCACCUCAGCAGCAACUCCAGCAGGCACCUCAGCAACAGGCCUCAGCCUACGCCUCAGCCCCGGUCACUGCCGCAUCAGCAUUCUAUGCCCAAAUGCAGACGCAAACGAGUCCCUGCUCGUCUUUGGCGAGCUAUGCGAGUUCAGCAGGCUAUUCGCAGCCGUUUGGCAAUCCUGGGAGUGCAUUCGGGGUCAAACCCGGGGUUUAUUCCCCGCAGUUGUCUACGUUUCGACAGCAGGCGGCGCUGCAGGCAGUGGUGAACGCUAUGCACCACCGCCCCGGGACGCCACCCACGCACCACGUGGUUAUUCGACACCCGAACGGACUCGACUCGAGGGCCUCGAACCUGUAG